CCGGAAAUUUUAGCGUUAUAAGAAAAAAGCCGACACGGCCGCUCUCAGGUUCCUAUCUGAUAGUACUUACCUCGUUUUAGUCACUUUCUACUUUACCGAUUCGCGAUGACGGCGCCGUAAAUAAUCAUAACAUAGGCUACGGUCCACUUAACGCUACAAAUGCUUCUAAGUAUUUUUCGAUUGGUCAAUUUGCAAAAUUCAUUGUUCCGAUUGGUUAAUCAAACGCUUCGAAGCAUUUGUAGCGUCAAGUGGACCGCAGCCACACGCGAUAUAUUGCAAUGCCCGGAGAAUGAUUGCACAAACGAUAGGCCGUGAUCAAUAAAACAGUAAAUCACUUUACCGACUAUAGACAACUGAUGGUGCCUAUUAACGACAUCUACUUUGCGAUCGUAGUUGUCAUCCGGCUUGUCGAUGGUGUGAGAAUUGUGAGAUAGAAGCAAAUGUCAACGAAAACAAAACUGGGAAAGAUGUGUGAUCGUAACGCGACGUUUGUCGUGCUCUCGUUAUUUCUUCUGAUAAUGUUCUGUGACACAACGUCGUCGGAGUGCACGCAGCUGGCACCAUGCAUCUGCUCGUUACCGGACGGCCACUAUUACAAUUUGACCGGCCUCGCUGAUGCAGAGCCAUUUAUGGAUGCUAAAUUUAAUUGGACUGUGUAUUUUCAUCCAUGUACAAAUCGACCAAUAGUGAUAGGCAAUGAUAAUAAAACGUGUACUGCUGGAAAUGGAGUAUCACUUUGUAUGAGCAAUAACAAUAAAAAAGUAUUAGUAGGAGGCAAAAUAGAAAAUACACACAUGAAAUUGUCAACGGAGGGCAACUUUCCAAUUUUUGAAAUAUAUAAUAAUGGUAUUAGGUCAACGAUAAAUAUUGUAUGUUUCUCGGACAACAAAACAAAUUUUGCAUUAGAUCCUCCGAGUUCUGACUCUAAAAAUUUUUAUUUUAAGCUAGUAACGCCAUACGGGUGUAAGAUACAACCAGAAAAGGGAUUGUCUACGGGUUCAGUUUUGGUUAUUCUAUUCUUUGUCUGCUUUGGAGUAUAUUUCAUCGGCGGCAUUAUUGCGCUGAAAACAUUGAGGGGGGCGACAGGCUGGGAAAUGGUGCCAAACCAUGAUAUUUGGUUCAUGCUUCCUUCGUUAGUCAGAGAUGGCGUCGUCUUCACUUUCAACUGUUGCCGAGCAGACAGUUACGAAAGAAUUUAAUGCGAUAUCUUUCUGUUAAACCAGUUUUAUUUGAUAUUUAUUAAGUGUGUGAUUUAGUGUACUAUAAAUAGUCUAUUUGUAUUCAAAAUUUUUUUUUAUUCCCACUCUCGUUUGUAUUAUUGCAAUGCUUUCUAUAAUUUAUCCAGUAGAUUUUAUAACAAGUAUAUUCUUCCGUCAUGUACAUUAUUUUUGUAAAUUGCUUUCAGUUAAUUUAGUCAUACCGUAUCUUUAAUGUUGGUAUUACUAUUUUUUUCAUUAUUCGUUUGCCAUGUUAAAGAGCACAAUGUAUAUAUGUUGAAAAAUGUGAUAUUCCAUUACACUAUGUCACGUGCCAAUGUUAUUUUUUUCUUUUUCACAAGACAGACAUUUCAAUUAAUUUGAACAAUUUACAUAACUGCAAGCUGUAAUGGACACCUGAAAACAUGAUUACAUACCAAAGAAAAUGAUUGUUUCGAACAUUGUGUGGCUUGUUUCAAGUCGAUUUAUAUUGGGCUAACAAAAAACAACAGUAAAAGCAUGAAUCAUGUAAGUUACUAUAAUAAACGAUGUAUGUUUGUAGGAUAACAUAUUUUAACAUUGCAAGGGUCUAGACGCUGAAAUCGGCUAUUCUCUUGCGGAUAUGCUAUUUUUUUCUCCAUAGAUAUAUUUUUUUACAAAACUUUACCAAGAUUAAUGAAGACACAUGAGACUCUUUCUACAAUUAGAGUAGCUUUUGUCUCUUUUAUAUAGCAAACUAUUCAUUUAUAUCCAGGCGCUUAGACCCUUACAGUGGAUACAAUAACGACAGGAAUGGUGAUUUGAUAAUGUGAUGUUUUAUUAACAAAGUUCUCUAAUAAUACAAAAAUAUAAAUACC